GGUGAAACAAGGAGAGGAGAGCGUUUUGGGUUCAGGCCCGCGAAGCAGCAGGUAUCUGCCGUGAGCAUAUGGCAGCGGAGGGAUCAGAGCUUGGCUCCCCACCGGCGGCGGCGGCGCCGCCUCCCAAGCGUCGGAAGAUCGAGCCGUCGCGGAGGGACAGACCUUCUCAAGUUGCUCUGGACAGGGACAAGGACAAGGUGGCAGCAUCAUCCAGUUCAUUGGUUUCAGGUACACCACCGUUGAGAGUGGAUCUCAACAAAGUUAGAGAGGCAAAGAGAUAUGCUGUCUUUCAAGCACAGCAUGAGGGGUGCCUUGGAAGCUAUAAAAGUUUUGAUUCCUCGUUUGGUAAUUAUCUUGUCCCCGUCAUCCCAAGCAAUGACUUCUUUGUGCAAAUUACAAAUAAAUGAUUGGCAAUAAACAAAGUGCAAUUCUACGCCGUGAAUCAUGAGGAUGUAGUUUCUGUUCUGUCAUGUUAUAUGUGGAAAUUGUGGUACUAAUAUUUCAAACUAAUUCUAACCAA